GUCCAUGUUGCGGAACUCCAGUUGCAGAGGGAAGGUCAGGGAAUUUUAAAAUGCUCCGAAAAUUAAUAGGUGAGAGAUAUAUCACGAUCGCCAAGACGUGGGUCCCCACGAUGGCGAUUUGGGGAACAGUCGGCGGCGUGGCACUCGUGCACUUCACCGACUGGAGGCUGAUUCUUGAUUACGUGCCGUACGUAAAGGGCAAGUUCAGCAAAGAUGAGUAGCUGCCGACGUGAAUCGGAUGGGGAUGUUAUAGGAGCGGAGGCUGGGAUGGCAAGGGAGGUCAGCAGCAAGAUGGACUCUGUGCGUCUUGGCACAACUCCACAUCACUUUGACUUGGAAAAGAGGAACAUAAUAGGAACAUAAUGCUGAACUCACUGUUGUGCUGUUGUCAUUGU